AUGGGCUUCCUUCGGCUUCCAGAAGAGAUACUCGAACCUACCUUGUUGACACUUUGUCUACGGGACAUAUAUACUUGCCAAAGAGUCUGCACGCUGCUCAACGAGGUGAUAUCAACGAAUGUAAACAUUCAAUACAAGCUCGAGCUCGAGAUUGCCGGCAUGAAGGACGAGCCACAGAACAGCCUAUCUACAUCUGAGAAACUAGGAAAGCUGAAAGAACUGCAAAAAAUCUGGCUCGUGCCCCGGUUCAGCAACGAGUUUAUCGUGUCAUGUGGCCACAAUCCCUUCCAGCGCAUAGGAGAUACUGUUUUCCAAUUGAUAUAUUCCGAACCAGCUCCUGGAAUGACCUCUUGUAUUCAAGCGCCGUCACGACUGAAAUCAAUUAAGAGGAGGGACUGGACCGAAACUCACGGGACGUUCCCAUUCCCGCCUCUCCAUGUAGAAGUAGACCAUGAACAGAAUUUGCUUGUGGCCGUCGAAGGACGCAAGAUUGAGGGCUUCUUUUCCGUAUCUGGUUCAGCGUUCCUUGCCUCAGUCGACGUUGACUCAUUCGGUCUGCGACUCGAACGCAUUCAAUCAAUCCCCGCGAAUUCGGAAAGCUCUGCCGAGAACGAUAGCGUUUCAUGCAUUCUGCAGUUUCCUCCUCUCGCUGAUGGCUGGGAACAGCGUCAGUCCACAGUAUACACCUCUUGUGCCAAUGUGCGUUCCUCGAAGAUGGUUUCUCCUGUGCCGUUUAGUCUUGCGGAUGACAGCAAAACCGUCCAUAUUUACUUGGAGGUCGGGGAGUUGAAUCCACUUCUUCCGCCUUCGUAUUACAAUAUAGUCGCCCUGGCAUCUGGUCUCGCCACGUGUUUGCAAAGAGCACACGCCAUGGGACGGAACACUUUGCGCUGGGAGGACUGGGGGCCAUCAGCCACACGCAUGCUGCCUGCAGAAUACAUGAGCCCGGGCGUCGGCUGGCGAUUUCUCAUGCUGGAAGACCCUAGUGAUGACUUUCCAGUUCAUUUCUCAGUUCUCGACUUCAACCCAAUGCUUGUGCGACGCGAGCUGCACAAGGUCAUCCAAGGUCUGAAGGCGGGAUCCCCGGGCACAUCGUACAUCAACACGAAGCCCACCGAUAUAGCUGUUCCCUCCUUUGCCAUUCCUAUCCGCACGUGUUUGCCAUACCUUGUCAGUGGCUUACGGGUGCCAAAGCCAUUCGGCGCAGUGGAACAAACACGGGAAGAGCUGCUCGAAGAUGGCGUAUCAGUGCUGGACGAAUUACAAGAUGGCACCUGGCGAUUUCGAUUCUACACGUUCUAG